AUGAACGUCCCCACCCUGGGUGUCACAGCCAUCACCCUGGCCAGCCUCCUGUGUGACCAGGUCAGUCUGGUGGGGUUCGGUUACCACCUCUCCCAGCAGGGGGCGCCGCUGCACUACUACGACCACCAAGCCAUGGACGCAAUACUGCGGCAGAAGAUGCACGACGUAACCAGGGAGACGGAGCUGCUCAGGACCCUCCUCGAAGCCGGGACCAUCACCGAUCUCUCCGGAGGCAUCCUCAGUAUCUCGCCACAGACCACAGCAGGCUAG